AUGUACGAAGGGAUUGACAACCUGAAAUCCCUUUACGACCGUGCCGGGAAGACUUUCUCCGGCGGUCCUUCUGCGGCACAGGAUGUGUCGCGUCGUACUGCUCGACCAGACCCAGUACGUCAACCAUCAAUUGGGAGCGGGGCUCCCAAGAAUCCCAGGACGGGGGAUAGCCGCGCCACCGGACGAGGUAACUCGUCCGACGUCCGUUCACGUCGCGGUGGUUCAACAGCUGCUCUACUAGAUAGCGCUGGCCACCGCGAGAGUCCUCUAAUGGAGAGCUUCUUUGAUCGCGUAACGCAAGGGUUACGCGACGAUCUCGAGCAUGAGCGGAAUAGGCGUCUCCAGAUGGUGGACACUGCCUCGAAGCAUCGAGCUGAGUUUGCCUUUGCUCAGCUUGAGAACGAGAGAUCUCUGACAUCUCUUCGUGACGAGCUAAGGGUAGCUCGUGGGAUUGUUGAUCGGUCUCGGGCUGAGAUAACUGCUCUUCAGACCCUUGUUGAUGCCCACCAUCAGGAGCACAAGGCUCUCUGCGAGAUGCUUGAGCGCAAGGGCGUUCUUCAUCGGAAGAAGCAGCGUACUGAUGGUACGGCUUAA